AUGCGCUUCAUCGCCGCCUCGCUCAUCGCCUUCGCGACAGCUGUGACGGCUGUUGGUAAUGCCGUUGUUAGCAACGGCUCUGACGAGCCGUUCUAUGUCUGGUCUGUCGGCAGUACCGUUGGUGAACGGCGUGAGGUAUUGCCAGGCAGCGCAAUUGUAGAAGCAUUUCGCCACGAUGCUCAGACCGGAGGCAUCGCAUUGAAGAUCACCAAGACGAACGAUGGGCUGUACACUGGAGCGCCAACCCAGAUAUUCUCUUACUCGCUCGAUGGCGAACAAGUCUGGUUUGAUUUGAGCACCGUGUUUGGUGACCCCUUCAAGGGCCACAAGAUUACGGUCGAGAGUGCCAAUGGGCCCAAGAUAGAGUGGCCAACGGGUACUCAUCCAGGAGGAAGCCAGGUCAAGGUUGCCCCGAGCAAGAACGAUGUGUUCUUUACGCUUCACAAAUAA